GAGUGCAAUUCUGUCACAGGCCAAAUGGUGCGAUUUAGAGGCUUUAUUAACUAGUGUGCAGACUACAUUGGAUAUAGGCUGACUAUAGGCUAGCUUAGGUUUCCAGCCAACCGUUUAGGCUAUUUAAGUGUGGGUGUCAGCCAAUGACUGCUUUUUACACAUAUUGGGGUCAGCGAUCCUGGCACUUUUUAAAAAACAGGACUACUGGCCCGCUUCUCUCUCAUCACAGCGCAAGGCUUCUCGGGAUACAUUGUAACCGGGGGCGCCAUAUUGGAGUUUAACUAUUGUUAUAAAUAGAGACGGGGCUGCUGCUGGCUGAGUUCACAUGUUUUUUACAAGUUUGUUCUGAUUAUCCAAAGAAAUUUCAUCGGAGGGUCAUGAAAGAAAUGUCAGCGACCAGUAUCAGUACGCUUAGUGGACAGCAGCAGCCUCAGAAACACUAUGGCAUCACCUCCUCCAUCAGCAUGGCAUUUCCCAGGGAAAUUGACCACAUAUACACCCAAAAGCUCAUGGAGGCGAUGAAGCCCUUUGGGGUGUUUGAGGAUGAAGAUGAGUUGAACCACAGGUUGGCAGUUCUUGGAAAACUAAAUUCACUCGUGAAAGAGUGGAUUUCUGAGAUCAGUGACCUAAAGAACAUCCCACCUAUAGCCGUCGCCAAUGUUGGAGGCAAAAUCUUCACCUUCGGCUCAUACAGGCUGGGCGUUCACACCAAAGGGGCUGAUAUUGACGCGUUGUGUGUGGCGCCUCGGCACGUGGAACGGACAGAUUUUUUCCUGUCCUUCUUCGAGAAGCUCAAACUGUUAGAGGAGAUUAAAGAUUUACGGGCUGUAGAAGAUGCCUUUGUGCCGGUUAUCAAAUUCAACUUCGAUGGCAUUGAGAUCGAUCUUCUGUUUGCGAGGCUUGCUCUUCCAUCCAUCCCUGACAACCUAGACCUGAGAGGGGACUCGCUACUAAGGAAUCUUGACAUCAGAUGCAUUCGGAGUCUGAACGGUUGCCGUGUCACUGAUGAGAUACUGUAUCUGGUGCCGAACAAGGAGAACUUCAGGCUGACACUUAGAGCCAUCAAAUUAUGGGCCAAGCGUCGUGGCAUCUACUCCAACAUGCUGGGCUUCCUCGGAGGCGUGUCGUGGGCGAUGCUGGUGGCCAGGACCUGCCAGCUCUAUCCUAAUGCUGUAGCCGCCACGCUGGUUCACAAGUUCUUCCUGGUCUUCUCCAAGUGGGAAUGGCCUAAUCCGGUGCUUUUAAAACAGCCUGAAGACAGCAACUUGAAUCUACCUGUGUGGGAUCCUCGAGUAAACCCAUCAGACAGGUACCACCUGAUGCCCAUCAUCACUCCUGCAUACCCACACCAGAACUCCACCUACAACGUCUCCACCUCCACGCGCACCAUCAUGAGUGAGGAGUUCAGAAAUGGUUUGACUGUGACCGAUGAAAUCCUUCUGGGUAAAGCAGAGUGGUCGAAGCUCUUUGAGCCUCCCAGCUUCUUCCAGAAGUACAAGCAUUACAUAGUGCUUACAGCCAGUGCAUCAACUGAAGACAACCAUCUUGAAUGGAUUGGACUUGUGGAGUCCAAAAUCCGCGUCCUCGUGGGAAAUCUGGAGCGGAACGAGUACAUUGUUCUGGCCCACGUGAACCCACAGUCCUUCCCGGGAUCCAAGGAAAGCCGCAUCGAGAGUGAUUAUGUCUCGAUGUGGUUCAUCGGAAUCAGCUUCAAGAAGAUGGAAAGCUCAGAGAGUGUUAACAUCGACCUGACAUACGACAUCCAGUCCUUCACAGACACUGUCUACCGGCAGGCAAACAACAUCAACAUGCUGAAAGAUGGGAUGAAGAUCGAGGCGACCCACGUGAAGAGGAAGCAGCUCCACCAGUACUUACCUCCAGACGUGCUGCAGCGCAAGAAGAAGAGUGUGGGCGACCCCAACCGCAGCUCCACCGGUGGGGACUCCAAGCGCUGCUCGAUGGACGGCAGCCAGCUGGACAGCUCCAGAGACACCGACACAGGGACCCCAUUCAGCUCUCCCACCCCAGUCUGCUUGCCCUGCAAGCCCGUCUCAGACACAGAGAGCAGCAUUACUCCACCCAAACCUCCAGUCCCUCUGUUUGUGGAGAGUCCUCCCUCCUCAGAGGUCGAGCAGGGUAUGUCCAUUCCAGUCAUCGGCUCCAAGCCCCCGAGCCCCCCGGCAGCCAAGCCCUCCAGCCCGACCCCAGCUGGCAGCACCAUCCCGACGGUGGUGGGAUGCAGCGUCAUCAUCCCACGUGCUUGUAACAGCCCUACAGACCUGGCCGACGGGGCCGGGGCCGGGGCAGCCCCCUCCAAGAGACCCCAUUCCCCCACACUGGAGGAGCCCACCAAGAAGAGCAAAGCAGACAUGGGAUUUGCAGAGCCCCCUGCUGGCAGCACCAUCCCCACUGUGGUGGGAUGCAGCGUCAUCAUCCCCUGCCUGAGCUCACCCACCGGCAGCCCCAGCGACCUGCCCAACGGACUAAACGGCUCCGCCAGCAAGAGACCUCACUCCCCCUCCCUGGAGGAGUCCAUCAAGAGGAGCAAAGAGAUGGAGGAGCCUGUGUUCUCUGACGACUCUGCCUUUAAGGAGCUUCCCCCAUCCAGCAAUGGUCAGGAGAAGGGAGAUGGACCCGACGUGGACGGCUGCAGUGGCACAAAGCCCAUGCCCAUCCCCACCAUCGACACGUCACGAUCACAGAGACUACCCAGUAACGAGCUGCCGGACGCCUCAUCCCCAGUCCCCACUAGCAACCUGCGAGUGAUCAAAAACUCCAUCAGACUCACCCUCAACCGAUAGCAGUGGGGCUGCACAGGUAACUCGGCUUAGAGGUGACUGCUUGUAGAUGCGUUUAGAAUUAUUUUCGUUUUUUUUUUUUUUUUUUUUUUUCUUCCUUCUUUCCUCUUUCCUUUUAAAAAGAAAUGAACAAAAAAAGAAACCUUUAAAAAAAAAAACAGAAAAGGAAAAAAAAAAAGCGUUGGUGUCCACUGAGAUGGCCUCCAGGAGCAAGACUACUGUGUUAUACAAGUGUGAGGUUCUGCUUUUUAACCUUCCUCUCGCUCCCCGAAAAAUGCAAAUGUUACAAUGACAAGAGAAAAAGAAUCAACAGAAUUCUUUGUUCUAUUGGUGUUUCAUGUGUUUGUUUUUCUUUCUUCCUGUUUUCUUUUUUUCUUUUUCAAACUAGUUUCCCCCCCUCCAUAUUGUCUAUUUUUUUAUCGCCUUAAUGUGUCAAAAAUGCUUGCUGGGUACACUUACUGGAGCGUGUUUUUGAAAUCAGACUUGUACAUUAAGUAGUUUCUGUAUAUAACUUGUCUUUAAAAAAUCACCGUUAGUGUUUCAAUGCAGCUGUAUUGUAGGUUUUUAUUAACAAAAAAAGAGAAAAAAAUUGUCUUGUUUGUUUGUUCCUGUAUUCCUGAGAUUCUCCAAAGUUUUCAACUUUUUUGCCCUCCUCACACCUACCCCCAGAGUUUUUUGUAAUCACUGUACAGGUUCUGAUACAGUUUCUGGGUGGAGAUUUUUAUUUGGGGAGAGGGAGUGUCUGAACCCCAACUCUAAUUUUUGGCUGUAACUCAGUGCUCCAGCACUGAAACUGAUCUGACACUUAUUGAUUCCACACACACAUCAAUUACCCCUCAGCCCAAACCAACACACAUCACCAAGCAACCAGACCUGUAUCCUCUUACCACAUAGCAGAGAAUUUGGCAACUGUUGGUGUGUGUGUGUGUAUGAGAGAGCGAGAGAGCAAGAUAGAGAUAGAGAGAGAGUGAUGUUCGGGAUGUUGAAGUUAAUGGUAAAGGUUAAUGUUUGUGUGUGACUGCGCAUGCUCCCGUCUUGUAAUUCCCUGUGUUUAGGGUGUUCACCCCCCCCCCCCCCCCCCGCGCCUCCCAUGGAGGUUCCUAAAGGACUAGUUCACCCAAAUUUCAAACUCUCCUGACAAUGUUUUCCCUUUGGCAAUAGGUCUUCAGAUGUGUUUUUAAUAAGCUGCAGUCUUCGACAAUGCUCUGGUCUUGUACAUUGACUGUGGUCCUUAUUAACACACAGUUGGAUUCUCGCCGCAACAGGCAAGAACCAUUGUCAAACCAGUCUGAGGUGGAUAUGAGGGCAUCUCAAAUGCUGCUCAAUCUUCAUGAAAAUUAAUUUGAACAGUAAUUCACACGGUUUGGGCCCAAACCAGUAUUGUCAACCAUUGCUGGACUGCGAGGUUGAAGUCCUGGGUGGAUAGUGAAGUGUACAGCUAACAAGCGUCAGCUCAAACCCAGGGCGGAGACCCAGCCAUUUGAUUUCUACCAAGGCUAAGACCAGACUGCAGGGUUUUGAAGUUUUGGCUAACUAGUUCCAAUAGCAGCUUCUCCAUAGCUUAACAGUAGAAAUGAGAUUAUAUGAGAAUCCGUUUUUUCUUUCCAGGUAAUGAUUUACUAUAAGCCACUGUUCAAAACUGUUUAGGUAUGCAGAGAAAGUGAGCGUGAGCGAGAAACCUGUGUAUUUAAUAGGGAGAAAGAUGGCUUACUAUUCAUUUUGGGGUUUCUUAUUCUUUUAUUUAUAUUUGCAUAUUUGUACCAUGUAAUUUUUAUAUCACAGGUAUUGCAGUUAGAUUUCCUUCUGAAUGGCAUUUACAACUGUCAACUUGAAUCCUCUCAUUGAACUUGGGGAAAUGUAAUUUUCCUUUCUUUUCUUUUCUUUCUUUUUUCUUUUUUGUAGGGCAACAAAUUGUAUUUGAAAUGGUAUUUUUGUAUGUUAUGUAUAUUUCCUCCUUUAAAAUUAGACAACAUAAAAUUCACAAAACCCCA